CUCGGUUCAGGCGUCGAGGAGGAAGGAGCUCCGGAGCAGGAGACUAUAGCAAGAAACGGGAGAGAGAGAGAGCAGGGAGCAGGCAGUGCCUGUGAAAUGAGAACAUGACAACUGAUGAGGCUACAAAGAAAGAAGGAGAUGUCCCAACAGCAACUCUUGCUGAACAAGGCGAGGAUAUUACACCAAACAAAGAUAGAGGAGUUCUGAAGAUUGUGAAGAGGCCAGGGAAUAAAGAUGAAUCUCCAAUGAUUGGAGACAAGGUUUAUGUUCACUACAAAGGAAAGCUGGCAAAUGGGAAAAAGUUUGAUUCCAGCCGUGACAGGAAUGAGCCAUUUAUCUUCAGCCUGGGCAAAGGCCAAGUCAUCAAGGCCUGGGAUAUUGGGGUUGCCACCAUGACAAAAGGGGAAAUCUGCCACUUGCUGUGUAAACCAGAAUAUGCAUAUGGUUCUGCUGGUAGUGUUCCAAAGAUCCCCUCAAAUGCAACACUCUUCUUUGAGAUUGAGCUGCUUGAUUUCAAAGGGGAAGAUUUAUUUGAGAAUGGAGGAAUUAUCCGCAGAAUCAAACAGAAAGGUGAAGGAUACUCCAACCCUAAUGAAGGAGCAGCUGUACAAAUCCAUCUGAAGGGAUUCUGUGAUGGCAGAAUGUUUGAUUGCAGAGACGUGUCUUUCACUGUUGGAGAAGGAGAAGACCAUGACAUUCCCAUUGGAAUUGACAAAGCUCUGGAGAAGAUGCAGAGGGGAGAACACUGCAUUUUGCAUAUUGGAGCUCAAUAUGGGUUUGGUGAAAUAGGGAAGCUUGCAUUUGGCAUAGGGCCUAAUGCUGACCUUGUCUAUGAAGUUAUACUGAAGAGUUUUGAAAAGGCCAAAGAAUCCUGGGAGAUGGACACCAAAGAGAAACUUGAACAGGCUGCCAUUGUCAAAGAGAAAGGGACUGUUUAUUUCAAGGAGGGCAAGUACCUGCAGGCAGUGAUUCAAUACGGGAAGAUUGUGUCCUGGUUAGAAAUGGAAUAUGGCUUAUCAGAAAGGGAAUCUAAAGCUUCAGAAUCCUUGUUGCUGGCAGCUUUUCUCAACCUUGCCAUGUGCUACUUGAAGCUGCGGGAGUAUGUGAAAGCAAUUGAGUACUGCAAUAAGGCAUUAGCGCUGGACCAGGACAACGAAAAGGGUUUGUACAGAAGAGGAGAAGCACGGCUACUCAUGAAUGAAUUUGAGCUGGCAAAAUGUGACUUUCAGAGAGUGCUAGAAGUGAAUCCAGAAAACAAGGCAGCCAAGUCACAAAUCACAGUGUGUCAGAAGAAAACAAAGGAACACAAUGAGCGUGACCGAAAGAUAUAUGCAAACAUGUUCAAGAAGUUUGCAGAGAGAGAUGCUAAGGAGGAGGCCAGUAAAACCACAGAAGAGCAGGAGGAGAAGACAUCAUCUGAAAUUGGUCUUACGAAGACAAUGACAGAAGGCAAAGAAUCAGAGGGCCAUGUAUGACUGUGCAGCAGAGAGACAAUCCUUCGGAAUUUGGCCUCCACUCAAACAGGUUUCUGAAGAAUUCAACAGUGUUUAUUGUAAAGCUUGUUAUAGUAGGCGUUAUUGUGGAAGCAAAAAGCCUAUACAGCAGCUUCACAAGAAACUAUGAAAUCAUCACCACUGCUAUGAGCAUGCUCGGCAGUGGAACAUGAACAGAGGGACAGUAUGGGACCACUUCAAGUGGAACAAAUGGUUUAAAAACACACACACACAAUGGUUCUUGACUAUAGAAGAUUUUUACUGAGAUGUCUAAAAUAGAACUCAUUUCAGUUUGCAUCAGUUUCAAAGGCAGUGACCGAGGCUCUAUAAAAUGAGUUAGCGUAUAGGAGCAGUUGGCUGUAUAAUUUUGGCAUUGCAUUUGAUUGUACUGUAGUAGCACAUGGAUGUAUGUUGUCUGUCUUUUUAAAAAAGAAAAAGAGCCCCAAGUGCUACCAACUCAAGGCAUCACUCUAGCACUACUAGAACCAACUAAAAACUGGCUAAAAGCCAGAUUCGUUCUGUCUGUUUUGUAUAUCCUAUGAUGUUUUUUUUUUCCUGCAGCACAAUCUGGUUUCUCAGGGAGCUGAAUAGUCCAAAUCACAUUAUUAUUAAAGGCUUGUUUGCUGGCAGAUCCCUGAUGGAGUGAUGAUUCAGCGUACCUGAAAUACACAUGCCAGCUUUUGUAUGAGCAUCUUUUAUAUCCCCAUGCUUACCAUCACUAACAAGCUGCUGCACUCCCUCUAGCCUCUGUGAAAUGGGGUUAUGGGGACACUCAGUUGCUGAAACAGUGUUCGCUUUUAUGAUUUUGUCUUGAGGAACUGGGGCAAAUAUAGGCAGCAAUGGAUUUGGAUUAUGCACUUAGUCCUUUUAAAGGACCAUUAGGAUGCCUUUACUAAAAUAUAUUACAGCAAACAACCAGAUAUUGAAAUUUGAGAAAAUUAUUACAAUCCACCCAACUAGCAAUACAGUUGAGUUUUUUCACAUUACCACUUGCUUAUUAAAAAUAAGUUUAAAAUUUGGCCAUAAGAUCCCUUGCUCAUUUUAGGAUUCUCAUCUCAAAUACUUUUGGAUUUCCUGCUGUGUUUUUUUGAUUGCUUCACAAAACAGAGAGGAUCCAUUCUGACGCUUUCAAAUUAUUAAAAUAAACUUUUGUGUUUGUUUAAUAAAGAGAGCUUUCACAGCAGAUGAAUCCUAUUGAUCUACAGUAUAUUUCAACCAACAACAGUACUGAAAUACAUUGUGUACUCAUUUCUAGAAAAAAGUAGUUCUACUUCAGUUUCAUUGAAGUGGCACUGAACUUGUCCCAUUGAUUUUACUGUGACUUGUGGGCCUAAUUUUCCUCCUGGUUUGGGUUAGUAUGUUUACUGCUCUGUGAUGGAACUCAAAACACAUGUGCAGCCUAUGCAGCUAUAGCUCCAUUAUAUUCUAGGGCAUUUUCUUUUCUUAUAUGUCAGAUGGGCAACACUGCUAUAUUUUUAAACCAAUUUAAUUUUUAUUCUAAUUUUCAAAAGGGAAUUAACAAAUAUUCAACAUUUUUCCUGUUGAUUUUCUUUGCUGUUAAAUACUUUUUCUUUUUUCUUAUUCUUGCUUCUAUUGAUAGCAUAAUUCUCUGUAUUUCUCCCUUCCACUCCUCUGUUCAGUUAUAUAUGAUGACAGCAAGCAAAGAAGAGAAAAAGCCUUACUGGUAAUGUGUUCACAUUGAAGGUACAAUAGGGCGCUGUUUGCCCCAGUAAUCAUCAACUAGGAAACCAUCAACCGUAAACAGAUAUCAGCAGACUUUACAUUUGAAAUUUGAGCUACAGUUACAGAAGUUGUCACAGCCAAUCUUGGCCCUCAAAAAUAUUGUAAGCACUGCUAUACAAAGUGAAGUGUUGAGCAUUCUUCAUAUGCCCAAAUGACUGUAGAGGGUGCUAUGAGAUGCAGGGAUGUUAAAUUAGACGUGCACUGAAAGCACUUUGGACAUGUGACUGAGUGUUUAUUUUGCUACAUGGCCCAGUAUAUUGUGCUUCUAUUACCAUAUCAUAAGUUUAAAUAUGUUAUGAGCCAAAGUGACAAAAGGAAGUCAUUCAAAUUGCAAGCCAUCAUCUUUAUUUCUAGUCUCUCAGUAGCAACAUAAUCCACAUUAAUUAUGUGAAAGUCUUAAACUCAUCCCUAAUAAACUAAUAUGAAGGCAAAAAUUAACCUUUAUACAAUUUAUGUUAAUACAGCAAAACUGAUGUAUUUCAUAUUGGAAUACUAGAGUGCUGGCAUCAAUUGAAAUAGGAGCAAAUGUAGCGCUCAAAGCUCCUGUUGCCUGUGCAUGGAAUUCUGUUUUGUUUGAAGGAAUGUGAGUAUUGUCAUCAUGUAGAUUGUAAAUGGAUAUGAUUUUAUCUCAAUCUUGGUUAGACAAAGGAUUUUCAGGGGCCAUUGAUGACAAUAUGUAAUAAUCACAGGGUUUUAGUUUCACUGUAACUCUUUAGGUGCCAGAAAGGUUUUCCAACUUCAGUAGACAAUGGUUUAAUGUAUGAAAACUUUUCUCUAGUGGAGGAGAAUCAAUACCAUGCUACUCUAUUACUGUCCUCCAAAGGUCAUGUAGUAUUCUAUAAGUAAUAAUAAAUAAUAUUUUUUAUUUCUAUCCCGCUUUUUGCCAGGCAAUCAAAGCGGCGUACAACAGGUUAAAAUACAUCCAUAUAUACAUAAUGCUCCCCCUUAAAACAAGAUUAAACAAUGCAAGAUUAAAAACUACAUAUUAAAACCGACUAAGCUAAAUAAAAAUCAUCAUGGGCAGAGGUCACUGGAUGGGGAGUCUUAUUUGUGGUCGAGCAUUUUAUUCCGGGAAGGCUUGCCGGAAGAGAUCUGUCUUAAUGGCCUUUUUUAAGCUAUCUAGAUUAGUAAUUUGACAGAUCUCGUCCAGCAGGCCAUUCCAUAAAUUGGGAGCGGCUGC